AUGGAGCUCGCCUUUUUUAACGCGAACUAUGGCUACCUGGAGGGCGUGGUCAGAGGGUACCGUUCCACCUUUUUGAGUCCAAUGGACUACAAAAAGAUGAAAAUGGCGGAGAACCUCGACGACCUACGUACCAUCCUAGAGUCCACCGAUUACGGCCCGGUGUUCUACGAUGAGCACGGGACCAUGAACUCGUCCAUGAUUGCGAAAAAGUGCAAUGAAAAGCUGGCGAACGACUUCGCGUACCUGCGACAGCAGUCGGACGGCGAUCUCGCCACUUUCCUCGAGUUCGUAGCGAGGGAGAAAAUGAUCGACAACCUCAUCGCACUGUUACAGGGGGUCAGCAACAAGAAGUCUCCCGAAGAGCUCAUGGAUCGUAUUGACCCCAUCGGCUGGUUUCAAGGCAUAGAGACGCUCAUGGACGCCGAACUGUGCCAGUCUGGAGAAGAUCUGCAUCGCAUCAUACUUUGUGACACCCCAAUAGGGAAGUAUUUCGAGAAAUGUCUACCUAGCUUGUCCAUGGGAAAAGGGAACUCCGUGUUGGACCCCUCUUCCAUAGCCUUGCUCAAAAGCUUCCUCAAGAGGGCGUGGAUAGAGGACUUCUACUACUUCGUUACCUCACUGGGCGGCACCACCGCACAGGUUAUGGGACACAUCCUCCGCACGGAAGCAGACUUCAGGGACCUGGCGCUCACUCUCAACUGCGUCAACCUCAGCAACGGAAGCCCGGUUGUGCAGGACCGCAACAAGCUGUACACCAGCAUCGGCUACCUGUAUCCCUACGGCACGGAACGUCUGUGCAAGGCCUACAACGAGGCGACGCUUCAGCAGGCGCUGGCCAGCUACCCGAAAUACGCAAGGUUGUAUGAGAUGUGCAAGAUGUCGCUCAGCAGGGGUGAUACCAGAUCCACCAAGUUCGACGCCAGCGAACGCUCCCUGGAAGACCACUUCUACGCGGAGAGCGCGCAACUCUCCGAGGAGUGCUUCGAGCAGCAACUGCACUUCGGCAUCUUCUAUGCCUGGGUCAAGCUCAAGCAGCAGGAGAUCCGCAACAUCGCGUGGAUAGCCGACAUGAUACUGCUGAAAAGGCCAGAGCAGUUCGCCAGGGUCAUCCCCGUGUUCCAACCUCGGAUUUGA